AUGUCCAGGGUGCCAGAGAUCAAGAGAACAACAGCACACUUUUACAGCCAAGACAAAAGGGAUAAAGAUAACGAAAAUAAUAAUAAGCCGCGUUGGUGGGAGAGGAGAAAUGAAUCCUUCUCUCUCUUUAAAUGGUCCGGGAGACAGGUAAAAAAAAAAAGGGUGUCCACCACCAUGAUAUCAGCAAUCUUCACCGGCACGCCAUCAAAAUCACUCAAAGAGUCUGAGCGCGAGGGUACAAUCGUCACGAAUAUCGAUAACAAGUAG